GCUGGAAAUAUGCUCAUCACUUUAUUCCACGGCCACCGCUGUUAUGAAUCUUCUUGUAUGCUUUCAAAUUUAGUAACAUUUCGUAAGCAAAGGUGGUUUCAGGGAGAACAGAGAUCGAACGAUUGUAUCCCUGCUCAAAAAGAAGUGCAUUGAUUCAAUUGGAAGUUGAAAGAUGCCAAUCCACGUAAUAAAGGUGAAAUAUGAAGACAUAAUGGUACGGUUUAAAGUGGUCUUAAAUUAUCAUGGGGAUCCAGAUAUAUCUUUGCAAAAACUGAAAUCCAAGAUUUUUGAUCGUUUCAAGUUGAAGGGGGUUGCCGAUGAGCUUAAUUUAAGAUAUACCGACGAAGAUGGUGAUGUUAUUGUUAUAUUAGAUGAAGAAGGUUAUUUGGAUGUAUUCAGACAGAACCUCAGCCCUAUUUAUAUUGAAGCAUCGUUCAGUAGGAGCGAAGGAAGUUUUUGUCUUAAAUGCAGUGAAAUUAGCUUUCAUAAUUUGGGGCCAUUUGGUGGAGGAGGGGGGAUAGACUGGAACGAUGGAAAUUUUGAAGGAAUAAAUGGAAUUACUGUAACGUCGAGUUCAGAAUGUUUGAUUUCCAUUCAAGUUAGUUAUGCUACUGGAAAGGAUACCACUCAUACCGGAGCUCGACAUGGAGGAGCAGGGGAGGCAGUAUGUAUGAAAUUUAAGUACCCAGACGAAAAGCUUCAAAAGAUAAGUGGAUAUUGUGGACUUGUAGAGAAUACAUGGACAGUCAUUAAAGGUUUGUCGUUUGAAACCAACCUUGCAAAAUAUGGUCUAUUUGGUGUAGCAGACUGGAUUCCUUUGGAGUUUGAUUUGAGAUCAAGGGAUGUAGUUGGUGUUUAUGGUCGAGCUUGUAACAGAUAUUUGGGCUCUAUUGGUCUGCACACUUCCUCAAUGCUACCAAAACUCAACUUGGAAAAUGAAGCUAAAUCUGCUGUGAAUGUCGUUUGCAAGGGAAGGUCCUAGUCUGCUUUGUUUAAUCUAUGUCCGACCAUGGUAUAUAAGAUAAAUAGUGUUAUAAGUCUUUUCUAAGUGUGAAUAGAGUUUAUUCAGUUAGUGGUAUUGUGCUCCUUUGGAUGUAUAAGACAUACUACAAUUGGCCCACAAAUUUACUAAUCUACGAAACAGUGAAGGCUGUGAAGUUUGAAAUCA